AUGCAUGACAUGCGUGACGGUGCUGUAAUCGGUUACUCCGGUGAUCGCUCUCAUUUUGUUGCUCCCAAUUUAGUCUCUGCAUUUCAGAACCCCCAAGCUGUCUCUACUUACCUGUCUAAUGAAUGCAUCGAGGGUCGUAUGGCCGGCCCGUACACCCACUUACCUCACGCAGAUCUGCGCUGCUCCGGUGUAGGCGUGGUCCCCAAGAAGUCGGGUAAACUCCGCUUGAUUAUGCAUUUAUCUGCGCCUCAGGGCACUAGCAUUAAUGACGGUAUAAGCCAAGACGAAUUUUCACUGCACUAUAUGACUGUUGAUGAUGCGGUUCGGCUGCUGCACCGGCAUGGCAAGGGGGCCCUGUUAUCCAAAGUCGACCUACGCAAUGCAUUCCGACUAUGUCCCGUGGCCCCGUCCGACUGGCCCUUGCUGGGCAUUCACUGGGACAACGCAUUCUACGUUGACAAAUUCCUCCCCUUUGGCCUGCGGUCCUCACCAUUUCUGUUCAACAGGCUCGCCGACGCCCUUUGCUGGGUAGCCACGAAUAGAUUCAAUGUGCAUGACCUGCUGCACUACCUCGAUGAUUUCCUCACAGUUCAACCCCCACAGCCGCCAAACCAUGCUCGUCGGCAGUUUCACACGUUACUCGCAGUCAUGGAGCACCUGCAAGUCCCGUUAGCCGAGGGCCCUGACAAGGUGUGCCCGCCGUCCACAACUGUCACAUUUUUGGGCAUAGAGUUAGAUUCCCAAGCAUGGGAGAUGCGGCUGCCAGCCCCAAAGCUGUUGGAACUAAAGAGCACCCUUGACUCCUGGGUACACCGAGUACAGUGCACCAAACGGGAAUUGCUCUCGUUGGCAGGCUCUUUGUCAUUUGCCGCCAAAGUAGUACCGCCCGGGCGCACUUUCUGCCGCCGGCUCUUCGACGAGGCCAGCCAGUUCACGUCCCUUGACAGUACCCAGCGCCUGAACCAAGAGGCUCUAAACGAUAUAUCCUGGUGGCACGCUUGCAUUGAGUCAUGGAACGGCCGAUCACUACUGCUAGACCCAUCCUGGUGCAAACCCACCGAGAUGCAGCUGUUCACGGAUGCUUCUGACCGUGGCUAUGGCUUGGUCUGCGGCAAAGAAUGGGCGUACGGCCAGUGGGAGGCACUCCACAAGGAUCUGUCCAUAGAAUGGCGCGAGUUGUUUCCCAUCGCCCUUAUCUGCGUGACGCUAGGCAAACGACUUCGCAAUCGCCGACUCUUAGUUCACUGCGACAACGAAGCGGUCUGCACAAUCUGGCGCACAGGAACUUCUAGGUGCCCAGAGAUCAUGACACUUGUUAGGAUUGCGUUGCUAGCGGCUGCCAAGCAUAACAUGGUUGUGUUUUUAGCACACAUACGUGGUGUUGACAACGUUCUUGCUGACCGUUUGUCCCGGCUGCAGGUCGAGAGCUUCCGGAAGCUACAUCCCCAGGCGUCUCCUGUCCCCAUGUCGCUAGAAGUCCGGCAGCUGACACGCCUACUGACCACACCAUGGGCCUCAUCCUUGCGGGAGUGGCAACAAGUACCGCCCGGUCGUAUGCUGCCGGUGUGA